AUGGGCAGCAUAGCAACAGAAGAGAACAGCGAGCGCGCUCCGAUCCAGGUGUUAGAGGCGCUAAAAUUGGGCAGCGUCACCGUAGAAGAAAGUAACCCCGAGAACGAGGCCAAGGAGGCACCUUCUUUCAAGUGGCACUUCCCCAAGAUCAAGACAAGAGGCGAACCGAAUGACCCAGCUGCCGUUGACGCAGGGAAGGCGAUACUGAAAAUCCAGAAUCUUGUUCUCAACGGCUUUCUGUCCCAGGAGUCCACCGUUGCUAACUUCCGCGGCGUGCAGUAUGCCACGAUACCUGCACGCUGGUAUGAGGCAGUGCCCAUUGAUCCGACGAAGGAAGUCGGGAUCGUUGAUGCCACUCAGUGGGGUCCCAGAUGUCCCCAGCCAAUGGACAUACUGCACGAGGCGACGUCGCACUUGUACCCUCGGAUGGCAACUCUGGAUCAGCAGUCUGAGUUCGAGUGCUUGAGCCUCAAUAUUUGUGUUCCGCAUGAGCAGCUUAGGAGCAAAAGAGGUCGAGGACUGCCGGUCCUUGUCUGGAUUCACGGCGGAUCAUUCUUGUUUGGUGAUGGUGGUUGCGAGUCUGGUGAAGAUCUGCCCUUCAAGUUGUUAGACCAUGCCGCAGCGUACUGA